AUGGCAAGCCAAACCUCGAAGAACCCAGAAUCAGUCUUUGACUUCACUAUCAAGGAUGCUGAGGGAAAUGAUGUGGAUCUUAGCAGUUUCAAGGGAAAAGUAUUGCUAAUUGUUAACGUUGCUUCAAAAUGUGGAAUGACCAACUCAAAUUACACUGAACUGAAUCAAUUAUAUGAGAAGUACAAAGAUCAAGGGCUGGAGAUACUGGCAUUUCCUUGCAAUCAGUUUGGUGAGGAGGAACCAGGAAAUAAUGAUCAGAUUGCAGACUUUGUCUGCACUCGCUUCAAAUCAGAAUUUCCCAUCUUUGACAAGAUUGAUGUGAAUGGUGAGAAUGCUUCUCCAUUGUACACGUUCCUAAAAUUGGGGAAAUGGGGAAUUUUUGGUGAUGAUAUUCAGUGGAACUUCGCCAAGUUCCUUGUCAACAAGGAUGGCCAAGUUGUUGAUCGUUACUACCCCACAACUUCACCUCUUAGUCUUGAGCGUGACAUAAAGGAACUUCUAGAGAUCUCACUUGUGAAAUAUGUCGUGCAGAAUAUGACAAUUGGUUUGGCUUUAGAUACUCCUGACUUAACAUGA